CCUGACAGACAGAAAAAAUUUUUUUCUCGUUUCGAGUGAAAAAUCGAAGCAAGCAGCCAUCUUAGCUCGUCCAAGUCACAGUCGUAAGAGCAGUGUGUGUUCAAGUGCGUGCGAGAAAUUUUCCUAGCGUUCCCGAAUCAGAACCGCCACCAGGACAGGAAACGAUGGCCCCGAAACCGACUGAGUCCGAAGCGCUAGUGCUCCCGCUGAAGGCCGCUCCAUUCGAUCCCCGCUUCCCGAACCAGAACCAAACCAAAUACUGCUACCAAAGCUACCUGGACUUCUACCGGUGCGAGAAGGUGAAGAGCGAAGGCGCCGAAGUGUGUCAGUACUUCAAGAAUGUCUUCACCGAUAUCUGCCCGAACGCGUGGGUCGAGAAGUGGGACAACCAGCGGGCCGAAGGUACCUUCGUCAGCAAAAUCUAAACCGUUGUUCCCGGCGAACGAGUUCCAAUGAUGCUUGGCGGACGAGUUGUACAGAAACAGAUGGAGGCGAGCGGGAAAGUAUUUGCGUUUGAACAAGCAUUUCAGUAAUAUAGAUGUGACCGUUA